GCUGUGUUGACACGCUCUGCACCUUGCUCCUGCCCUCGCCUUUCACUCUUCUUAUCCCCCCGAUACCCCCAUCAUUCCUGACAGCUCCUGAGUGCCUGGAUUUCAUCAUCCAGCCCUGCAGGAUGCUCCCAUUUGUCCUGAGGAAGGCUGUCCCAGACAGAGAGGAGGAGAUGGAGGUGGAUACAAAGAUUGAUACGGAGGAGGAGAUGGAAAUAGAAGGACAAGACCCUGGAGAGGAAGUGAUGGACGUGGAUGAGGACGAGGAAGAAGAGAUGGAUGUAGAUGUGACUGAGGAAGAAGAGAUGGAUGUGGAUAUGGAAGAGUCCAUUGUGGACAUGGAUAUUGAUUAAGAAGGUGGGAUGGACAGCACAGACAGAGACACCACCCUUUUGUAUAUAUGUUCUACAGUUUGUUGUUGUUCUUUAGAAUAUAGAUUGUAGGGCUAUUUUUGACGUCUGAAAAUACGUUUCCCAUAGUUUUGUUAGGUAGGUUUUUAUGUAUAUAUGUUCUAUCGAUUCUUGCUGUUACAAAUAUUCUUACAAUAUAAAUAUGUU